ACUUCUACUCGAGUCCUAACAGAAGCUUACUUCCUGUGAGAGCAAAGGGGAAAUAUUCCCUUUUCUAUUUAAGCUUGUGUAAGUAUUUUAAAUGCGUAUUCAGAUAUGGCUGCCAGGGAUUAUGAUCAUUUAUUCAAGCUCUUAAUCAUUGGGGAUAGCGGUGUUGGAAAGAGCAGUUUGUUACUCAGAUUUGCAGAUAAUAUGUUUUCAGGAUCCUACAUUACAACAAUUGGUGUGGAUUUUAAGAUAAGAAAGAUCAAUGUUGAUGGGGAGAUGGUCAAAUUACAGAUCUGGGAUACUGCAGGACAGGAGAGAUUUCGCACAAUAACAUCGACAUAUUACAGAGGAACACAUGGAGUUAUUGUAGUAUAUGAUGUAACAAGUGCUGAUACAUUUGUCAAUGUGAAAAGAUGGCUGCAUGAAAUUGAUCAAAAUUGUGACGAUGUCCAGAGAAUUUUGGUUGGUAACAAAGAUGAUAAUCCAGAAAAAAAGGUUGUUGUAAAAGAAGAUGCUGUGAAGUUUGCAGAACAAAUGGGGAUCCAAGUAUUUGAAACAAGUGCAAAAGACAACAAAAAUGUAGAAGAUGUAUUCAAUGCAAUAACACGUAUGGUUCUACGGCAAAAGAAGGAACAACAAGCAAAGGCCAAUGAACAAUCUGGAGUAAUUAAAGUUAAAAAGGACAAAAAGAAAUCUAGGAAAAAAUUUUCAUGCUAAUGUACAAAAGCCCCAGAUUUUACAGACUUUUAGCAUCAAUACAGUGUUAACUGUGUUAGAAUAUGAACCUGUAUUUACCUAAAUUGUUAAGAGGUUGUCUUUAAGCUGGCUUGAUGCCUGCAAAAUAAUGUGACUCAGUAUGCUACAUGAUUCCAUAAUUCACAGAUAUCCUGUUUUCCUUGCCAUAUUUUCCAUUGUGUACAGAUCCUGCAUUUGUGGCUUACUAUCCUAUCAAAUUUAUAGAAUUCUGUUAAUUAUUUUCAAAUUCUUGCUGCACAUUUGUGUGUUCUGGUAGAACAAAAGUGAAAAUGUACAAAUGUACCUGUAGAACUGUAUAAAACUGUUCUUUUUUGCCUCAAAAAAGCCACAAGCUGGCUAUGUUUGUGUUUUCUUGUGUUGCAGAUAGUAGAGGAUGCUAACGCCAUGUAUUGCAAAGGAAGAGAGUACAAAAUCAAUAAAUUAAACCCACACAAUGAUUGAGGUUGUAGAGCUAACCAAGAUUGAUUUUUACCUAAGUUUUUUUAGUGUUGAUUAAAAACAAAUUUCAAUGGCAAGAAACAGUUACUUACACUCCAACUUGCUUUUAAAUCAGCCUUUACAAACGUACAUAUUUCACAAGGCAAGUUGCUAGUCUCAAAUCUAUGUGCUAAACUAGGGGGUAGGUGGGGGGAUUUUUGUUAACACUUGCUUACAGAGGAAUACAUGCAUGUACUUACAGAUAAUUUAUGGUUUCAUACAGUUCUCUCCUUUCACAGGAAAGUCCUCUUCCACCGAAAAAGAAGCCUCUACUGCAAUAUUUACUAAAUGUAACAAAGUGUCAGUAUCAGAGUCAUUGAAAACUUGACUUUUUUAUUUUAAAAAAGUGCUUGGUUGAAAACUGACUGCCCAUUGCUUUUUCCUGGUCAUAUAACCAGUAAUUUACUGGUUUGAUUAUGAUACAAACUGUUAGUACUUGUUUAGUUCUUAUUCAGGAAUUAUUGACUAAAGUUAUUAUUUACUUGUGGUGAACAACAAUCUAUAUUUUUUAUGAAGUUUCUCAUUACCACUACAUUAGUCAUUAACAAAUGCAAUAAACUGCCCUGUUUUCCAACUGCAUA